UUAACUGACCAAUAAAACCUCCCGGUUAGCGAGCCAGAUUCCAGCCAAUCAGAGAGUGGCGUUUGCCCAGCGUGAUUUGCAAGACGGCGUCUAUAAAAGACCCGUUCUUGCUGUGCAUCCUCACUCUCGAAUCAUCAUGCCUGAACCAGCCAAAUCCGCACCGAAGAAGGGAUCCAAGAAAGCCGUCACCAAGGUUGCCGGUAAGCCCGGACGUAGGAGGAAGAAGGGGAGGAAGGAAAGCUAUGCUAUCUACGUCUACAAGGUGCUCAAGCAGGUUCAUCCCGAUACUGGGAUUUCUUCCAAGGCGAUGAGCAUCAUGAACUCCUUCGUGAACGACAUCUUUGAGCGGAUUGCAUCCGAGGCAUCUCGUCUGGCGCACUACAACAAGCGCUCGACCAUCUCGUCCAGGGAGAUCCAGACCGCUGUACGCCUCUUGCUGCCUGGCGAACUGGCCAAGCAUGCCGUGUCUGAGGGGACCAAAGCUGUCACCAAAUAUACCAGCUCAAAGUAAAUUGACUAGAUCAUCACCACAAAGGCUCUUUUAAGAGCCACACACCUUUUCUUAAGGGCACCCUUUCCUUUAUGUUACUCUUAUGAAAGUCCACGCAUGUUAACGACGCUUGUGGCUAGUGGAAUGAAUUAGUAUUUGCUUCAAGACACUGCUAAACCCAAAGUAAUUAUGGCCAAUCUCGUCAUUAACUGAUUAAAGAACUGGAUUUAUCCUUAUAUUUCACUGAGUUAAUCUCAUAUUAAGAACAUUGAAAGAAUAGAAAUGUUUAUUUUCAGACUGGUGCAGUUUCGCAUGUAUUUUCAAAGCCGCGUAUGUGACACCCAAUUUGCCAUGAAAUUAGACUGAAAAUCCAGCCUAUGCCCUUUGAAAAGUAGUUGUAACUAUUGUGCACGAUGAUGCAGUGUUUCAACGUGCAAGGAAGAAGACGAAAAUGUGUUCUGAUAAUUGAAGUCCUGGAAAUCAUUUUCCAGCCAAUUCGAUAGUGACCGUUAUAAAUGAACGGAUUGCUUUAUUCUUUCCUGUAAA